CACAAUGAAUGUUAGAACAACUUCAACUUCUGGACUCUCAUUCUCCUGCAUCAGCUUCCAAGAGCUGGGACCAUAGAUCAGAAACUGAGAUCUCCUGAGUACAGACACUGGCAGAACAGGCUCCUUACCAGGCUUCCCAUGGACUCCUGGCCACACUCUCCUCACAGUGUCCUGCUGCUGACCCUGCUGCUAGGACUUACAGGAGCAGAUAAGCAGGAGCUGAAGGUGAUUCAGCCUGAGAAAUCACUUUCUGUCCAUUCUGGAGAGUCAGCCACUCUGAACUGCACUGUGACCUCCCUGCUCCCUGUGGGGCCCAUGAAGUGGUUCAGGGGUACAGGACAAUGUCGGUGUCUUAUAUAUAGUUACACAGGAGAGCGGUUCCCCAGAGUCACAAAUGUCACAGAUGCAACAAAGAGAAACAACCUGGACUUUUCCAUCCGCAUCAGUAACGUCACUCCUGCUGAUGCUGGCACCUACUACUGUGUGAAGUUCCAGAAGGGCACCUCAGAGCUUGGGAAAGAGCUUCAGUCUGGGAGAGGCACCGUGUUGUAUGUGCUUGAAUUGAAGACUUCAGAUUCUGCUAAAGUCCUUGUAGCUGUGCUCUUUGGACACAAACUGCUGCUGGUAAUUGGGGUCUUUGCUGUGUACAGGUACAAGAAGCAGAAGGCCUGACUACAGGUUUCACUGUGCAGCAUUCUUUGUCUCUGGACUCACUGUAUAGUCCAGGCUGGCCUCGAAUUUACAGAGCUCCCCCUGCCUCUGACUUCCCAGUGCUGAGAUUAAAGUAGUGCUCCAACUUUACAGAUUCUACCCCUUAUUCUUAUCACAUAAUCUUUAUCAACUGUGUGAAAAAGGAUCUGAGCCCCAAUUCUUGACAUGAAAUUUCCGUUUUUGAAUGCAUAUGCCUGUUCAUAAUUCAUUCUGUUGGAGUUGACCAUCACUGCUCACUUUAGUUCACGUUCUCUGUUGCUCUUCUGGCUCAUAAACUCAAAACCUAUUGAUGUUCUCUGUUGAGCUGUAUCAUAAUUUUAUGAAUAAAAAUUAUUCUCAUUUUGAUUUCUCUGAAAUAUCCCGAACCAAAAUCAAUGAGGAAAUGAUCUUUAAUUAUUGAGAUGAAAAUAGCUUUUUCUGUCUUGAUGGUUGUCCUCAUCCCUACUGCUCAUGGUGUAUAUGUUGUGAAAGUUCAAUGAAUAUGGCCAUUUUUCUUUCUCUUCCUCUUUGAUCUCUCUCUCUCUCUCUCUCUCUCUCUCUCUCUCUCUCUCUCUCUCUGUGUGUGUGUGUCUUUCUCUCUUUGUGUAGGCAUGUGUGUGUGUUUCUAUCUCUCACACACAUACAAUGAAGACAUUAAAAAUGGAUGUCACUGUUCGUGAGAAGGUAAAUAUACAAAAUCUGUUUCUGAAAAAAGGAGAAAGUACUGAUCUAUAGUGCUUUCAGCAUUCUCUCAUGUAAAUACUAUUCUCAAGGUCAGUUUCAAUUAGCCAACCUUUAAAACUCUGAAUGCUCAGCCAUGACAUUUUAUCACACAGUGGUCCAACCUGUGCCUACACAUCAAUGCACUAUUUCUGUGGUUUGAGCAUGGCUUAAUUCCUCUGCCCGUCUGUACUUGCCACAACAGCUCCCAAGACCUCUCUACAGUUUCUACUACAACCCAUUUCAGCUGCCAGAAUGUGUUGAGAAACUAAAUUAAAUAGAUUGACCUGUUUGCUUCUCCCAAACAUAUCUUUCUUUAAAGUUAUACAUCAGUUAUAAAAACUGCAUGGUACUGGAAUUGAAACAGAAUGAUAGAGCAAUGGAACCGAACAGAAGACCAGAAAUAAACCCACACACUUAUGGACACCUGCUCUUCGACAGAGAUGCCAAAACCAUACAAUCGAAAAAGAUACCAUCUUCAAUAAAUGAUGCUGGUCUAACUGGAUGUCUACAUAUAAAAAAUGCAAAUAGAUCCUUACUUAUCACCCUGCAAAAAACUGAAGUCCAAGUGGAUCAAAGACCUCAACAUGAAACCAGACACAUUAAAUCAGUUAGAAGAAACAGUGGGGAAUACCCUAGAAGUCAUUAGUCCAGGAGACAACUUCCUGAACAGAACAGGAACAGCACAGGCUCUCAGAGUAACAAUACAUAAAUGGGACCACAUGAAACUGAAAAGCUUCUGUAAAGCAAAGGACACCGUCAUCAAAACAAAAUGACUGCCUACAGAUUGGGAAAGAAUCUUCACCAACUUUUUAUCUGACAGAGGACUAAUAUCCAUUAUAUAUAAAGAACUAAAGAAGCUGAAAUGCAGCAAAACAAGUAAUCCAAUUUAAAAAAUGGGGAACAGAGCUAAACAGAGAACUCUCUGUAGAGGAAUAUUGAAUGGCAGAGAAACACUUAAAGAAAUCCUCAGCGUCAUUGGCCAUUAGGGAAAGGCAAAUCAAAAAAGACCCUGAAAUUUCACGUUACACCCAUCAGAAUGGCCAAGAUGAAAAACUCAAUUGACAACACAUGCUUGAGAGGUUGUGGAGAAAGGGGAACACUCCUCCACUGCUGGUGGGAAUGUAAACUUGUACAACCACUCUGGAAAUCAAUCUGGCGCUUUCUCAGACAACUAGGAAUAGCGCUUCCUCAAGAUUCAGCCAUACCACUCCUAGGCAUAUAUCCAAAGGAGCUCAAGUACACAAUAAGGACAUUUGCUCAACCAUGUUUGUAGCAGCAUUACUUGUAAUAUCCAGAAGUUGGAAAUAGUCCAGAUGCCCCUCAACUGAAGAACAGAUGCAAAAAUUGUGGUAAAUCUACACAAUGGAGUAUUACUCUGCAAUGAAAAAUAAGGAAAUCAUGAAAUUUGCAGGUAAAUGGUGGUAACUGGAAAAGAUCAUCCUGAGUGAGCUGUCUCAGAAGCAGAAAGACACAUGGUAUAUACUCACUCAUAUAGACAUACAACAUAGGAUAAACCUACUAAAAUCUUUACAUCUAAAGAAACUAAUCACGAGAGGGGACCCUAACUAAAACGCUCAAUACACAUCCCAAAAGGCAAAGAUGAUGGACAUCAGAAGUAGAAGAAAACACGAAACAACCUAGGAAUCUGGUACAGGGGCCCUUUGAAAGCCUCUGCCCUGCAGACUAUCAAAGCACACGCUGAGACUUAUGGCCAACUGUUAGGCAGAGUACAUGGAAUCUUAUGUAAGAAGUGGGAAAUAGUAAGAGCUGGAGAGAACGGGAACCCCACAAGGAGAGCAACAGAUCCAGAAAAUUUGAACACAGGGAACUUCCCAGAGACUCAUACUCCAACCAAGGACUAUUCAUGGAGAUAACCUAGAAGCCCUACAUAGAUGUAGCCCAUGGCAGUUUAGUGUCCAAGUGGGUUACAUAGUAAUGGGAAGAGGGACUGCCUCUGACAUAACCUGAUUGGCCUGCUCUUUGAUCACCUCCUGCUGAGUGGGGAGCAGUCUUACCAGGCUUGAGAAGAUGACAAUGCAGCCACUCCUGAUGGCAUAUGCUAGACUAAGAUCAGAAGGAAGCAGAAGGGGACCUCCCCUGUCAAUGGAC